AUGCCACUAACGAAAUUAUGGUUCCCUGCCGACCGUCGCCGGAUUCCACAAGCCUCCGGAGACUCCGCUCCCCGGAUAGCCCGCCGCGACUCGGACCUACGCUUCAGCAUGGCUUCAUCCAGUCUUGCUAAUCUACAUAUAAACCGUGUCCUUGUCAUUCUUGCCACAAGCAUCAUCAACCACUGGAUCGCAAGGGCAGCAGCGCCAGGAUCCGAUCACGGAGCUUACCCAGUAUCCCAGGUAUUGUACCGGGCGCAGGCUUACAAUACAGGAAGUACUUGGCAGUCGCUAAUAUUGUGGCCGGAGUAA